AUGGUGCGCUGCUCUUUGUUGCACUCCUAUGCCUGUCUUGCUGAGGCCCCAUAUAAGGGGCCUCAGAAGCUCCGCUGUGGUGCUAUUUUUGGUACUCCAAACAACCGCAUAGCAGCAGCAAGGACACUACCAGCAGAAGAAAUGGUCGCUAUUCCUACAGCAGCAGUAGCAGUACCAACAGCAACAAUUCCUAUAGUUCCUAGGAGGGCUUCCGUUGCACAGCGGCUAGCUACUGGCUGCCUUGCCCUCAGCAAGGCAGCCAGCAGCUUCAGCUGCUACUGCUGCUCUUGCCGGAGCAAAGACAACAGCAGCAGCAACAGCGGCAGCCACGGGGGCAACAUGCGCUGUUGCCCAAGCAGCGAAUUAGGAGCUCACUUGAAGGGCGAGUUGGGGACAGCGCCCUCUUGUACUCCCUAUGGAGGCAGCAACAACAUCAGCAGCAGUAGCAGCAAUAACAGUGCCCACAACAGCAACAGUCGUCAUGUUCGUGAUAUAUGGACCAGAAGCCCCCUCAGGGGGUUCUUAAAAAGGUCCAUUGACAUCUCCACUGGUGCUGCCAACGCUUCCUCUGCGGUGGUUGCAGCUGUUGCUGAGCGAACGAUAAUACAGUUGGCUGUACCAUCGACGGAGGUUGUUGGUGCCUCUCGUCACCUCUCGCUGCAACAACAGCGGAAGCUGCAGCGGAUGCACCAGCUGCAGCUGUUGCAGCUACAGCUCGUAGGUGUUCCUUGGAUGCUGGGGGGUUUACGGGAGGUUCACCUCCCCCCUGUGCCUUCUUCUGCGACGGCGGCUGAUUUUGGAGGGCCCUCUGCGGCGGCAUCCACUCCACAAGUGCAGGUUCAGCAGUGUCUCAAGUUGCAGCCGCAAAAGGGGCUGCAGCAACAGCAGCAGCAGCAAGAAUCUGUGACGGCAACUAAGCAACGAAUGGUCCUGCGCGAAGCUGAGCAGCCCUCCAGUUUGCAGAGUGCUGAGAGGCCUCGGUCGCAGCAGCACCAGCAGCGGCAGGCCAUAGAAACACGCAGAAACAGACUGGGGGGAGGGAGAGGGGAAGACGGGGGGAAGUCGGAAGGACGCAAACAAGAGGCUCAGCUGACGUGGCGAGAGGCGUGGCAUGUCUUUGGUGUUGCUGCGCUGCCGAUGGUUGGCUUUGGCUUGAUGGACCAGCUGAUUAUGAUCCGCCUGGGGGAUCUGCUGGACACGACGUUAGGCGUAAAGUUUGGGCUAGCGACUUUGUCCGCUGCUGCAGUGGGGCAGCUGUGCAGCGACACUGCGGGAGUUUUGUUUGGCUCGACAAUCGAGUCCUGCGCCAACAGACUAGGCUUCCCGCCCCCAAACCUGUCAGCAGCUCAAAGAGCCUCCGCGGCUUUCGGGAUCGCAAAGACACUGGGGGCGGCAUCGGGGGUUUGUUGCGGCUGUCUCCUAGGGAUGCUGCAGCUUCUGAUGAUUGAUUUGGAUAAGGCGGACAGGCUCAAGCAUCAGCAGCAACUGGAUGCAAUUUUUGAGACGGUUUUGAUUGACGGCCCGAAGCUCUUCCACUGCGAGAGG